AUGAAUAUAGUUGUUUAUUUUGUGGUAUUUGGUAUUUUUGGAUAUUUUGAAAUUUUUGUGUUGGUUUCAUCUCAGUUGAAUACUUAUCAAGACCCAAUGAAAUGUCCGGCGGAGAGAUGCUACUGCUAUGCCGAUGAAGAUCUCGAAUGCACAGACCUCUUACUGACUUCUGUACCAAAUUUUUACCACACCAAGUACACCAGAAACAUAACAUAUGCGCUUUUAGAUUUGAGUGAAAACAAGAUUAAGGAGAUUCAACCCUGGGCUUUUGCUGAUUUAUCGCUGAGAUCGAUUAAAAUCUGGCGCAACCACAAAAAAACUGACCUAAAACUUUAUGGAGAUUCAUUUCAAGGAUUGAACGAUUGUCUAGAAAAGCUCAAUCUGAAAAAGAAUAAUAUAUCAAAACUUCCAAAAGCUAGCUCACAUUAUGCGUGGCACCUUGAUAAGUUGGCAGUCCAGCAGUAUGUAUCACAGUAUGGCUUCACUCAUCUGGUUUAUUCUCCAAGUCCUUUUGUACCUUUGGCAAAGUCUUUUACUAGUUAUAACAAUGCUUUUGAUGACGCAGUGCGAUUGUGA